GUGCAGAAGCACUUGGAGAAGUCGCCCGGCAUGUGGCACGAAGAGGCGGGGCGCUUGUCCCUCACCAAAGUCAAGGAAAUCUUGGCCAACGUGUGUGUAGUCACGCUAGUUGCUGGGCCUGAAGAAGUCCUCGACCGUCUCCGAUGCAGCUGUCUCUACUUUGCGAAGACUUCGAGAUGCAGCCACAUGGCUUUCGCAGCUUUCCUUCUGGGCCACCACAACGACUACUUCCAGGACCUGAUUGACUUUACCAGGAAAGAUGCUCCUAAACAGCCCCCUUCAGCCUGUGUCAAGCUGACCAGGAAAAAAUACAGCCGAGCUGCCAUUCCAUCAGCCGCUGCCUGGAAGCGCAUGGCCACGAUCUGCGCAGAAGCUUCUGAGAAGUACAACAAGCGACGAAAGACCGACAAGGGUGAAGCGCAAGCAGCUAUGGAAACGACACCGACCAAGCAGGAGCUAGCGGCGGGAAAGAACAAGGAUCCCCGCGCGCUAAGCUUGGAGACAAUCAGGGACAAGCUCGGAGCAAAGGAUUUCCACAGCAACUUUUCAGGAAUGCAUCUUUGCAUCAAGCAUGCUGUGACAGUCCAAGAAGCCAAGGAGCACGGGCUCGGAAAGAUGAUCCUUGGCCUCAAGCACAAGACCACUAGCGCUCCCACCAAGGCGCUCGCAAACCAGCUCUUGCAAGCAUGGGUGGUGGAGACGCGUGCGUCCGCUUCUUCGGCCAAAUCUAGCAGCUGA